GGUCCAAAAGGUAUAUAGCCCAUGGCAUGUGCACAGAAACGUAAACAAAAAUUCGCUUGAGCCCAAAAAUGGAAGGAAAAAAAAAACAUGGAGAUGCUGAGUUUGGUGUUGGGGGUCUCUAGUUUCCAGAGUCCACAGAAUAGCAGAAAGCUUAUUCUUUUUCCUCCAUUUAGGCUGGCUAUCUUUCUGGUUCAAACUUACUGAUUUCUGAUAAAGAGAACAAUGGCUCUGUCAAUGAACCUGAUCCAUAUUGGUCUCAACUUUCACCCGAGUACUAAACCCAAAGUUGGGGUCUCUGGAAGGUUUACGUCCAGAUCUUCAGCAGGGCUUCGUGUUCGAGCCGUCCAAGAUAAUGGCGGAUCACGGAGACUAGUUGACAUCAUUCGACUCGUGCCUGAACUCUCGAGGAAUUACUUCAAGAGCCCUUCUCGCAGGACUCUAUUCGGUGGAAUCUCCUUGCUGGGUGGAUUCUAUGUUGCACAGACAAUCUCCCUAUCAUUUGGAGCUCUAGGAGUCAAUGAUGUCAUUGCAGCAGUGCUUUGUGUUCUUCUUACAGAGUAUGUGACUAAAUUCUAUUACAGCAGGCCUAAAGUUACUUUCCCUAUUGCUCUUCUGAACAAUUUCAAAAUGGGUUUCACUUACGGUCUCUUCAUUGAUGCCUUCAAGCUUGCCAGUUAAUCUUUAUUAAUAUCUUAGUGCAACUUCUCCUCUUCAAAAUUUGUUCCAUUAUUUAUCAAGAAAAAUAUAGUUAAGCCCCCUAAAUUACAGUCCAUGUAAAAUUUACACCUUAAACUUUCAAAUAUGUAAUUUGAUACCAAGUUGUAAAUAAUGCACAAAUAGUGGAUCCAAUAUUGCUGUCAGCAUUAGAAUUAGUUAGGUUAUGUAUUGUCAUCAAACCUCUCACAAAUUAUGGUGAAAGAACAACAGAAUGUUUUGGUUUUGUGGAAACGUUUCUUGUCCAGUUAAUAUCAUCUUCAUCAAUGUUAGGUGAGGUGAUGGUAUUAAAACCUCACUUUUCGAAGUGGAAUGUUGCAACUCAA